AUGUCUUUGUCAACAUCUACGGUCAACAUCCCUACACCUCAACAUCCUGUUCCAUUCAAACGGCAUCUUAUGCAACAAGUUAAUUUGGAGAGAAAAGGAGACAUGAUUACAGCUGUUCGGGCAAAUCGAUCUUCAAUUCCAUUGAGGUGUGUCAUAGACCUCAGGGGACUAUCUAAGAAUGCAGGGAAUAUUCAUCGAUGGAUAGUUGCGUACACACGAGAACUUUUUUGGUUCUUGACAUUUAUUAUGUCCUAA